AUGAAGGCUUUUUCACCUCAUUCACUCAUUCAUAUUCCUAUGUCUUCAAACGACGAUGCAGUUGUACCUCGCUCACCAACGCCUUCGCCUCCUCCUUCGGACGAUACAGCCAUUGUCCCAGAUAAUAGUUAUUAUACAUCAGAGCAGUCUGUCAAGUACAUCGCGCUACGCUAUUGUACAAGGGAGUGGCUGCACGCUAGUCGUAGAGAAGUAGCUGAUGCUGUUGGAAUCACCAUUGCCACUGCUCUCCAAAUAGAGGCAGAAAUCUAUAAAACAAAUGAUCAAAUCAGGGCAGUAUGCAUAGAACGUGGAGAAGAUCCAGAUGGUUAG